UGCAACCUUAUUGUAAAUUGGUACAGUUUUAGCUCAAUUAGCAUUAGAUGCAUUCAUUACUUUAUAUUCAAAUGUAUACCAGCAUUCAUAUCUGUGUUGAUGCUUUGAAGAAUAAGCAGUUUGUGCAGUGAAAUUUAACAUUAGGGCAAAGGCUCUAGUAGAGUGAGUAGAGAUGAAAGGUUUGACAGUUUGGACACUUUGUCCAGGGCAUUCUGGCACAAACACCAUGUCCCACUCCAAAACUCUGGAAUCUGGACGUCAUUCCAACCGUUUAUAGAAAAACUGGUUUUCAUCUCCCUUGAGUUUUGCUUUCGGCUGCCCUUUACCAACACUGGGAAAGCUGAGACACACAUAUCGGGUAUCUCUUGAGUCGCCCAGGGGGGUGAUGAACCCGAGCAGGAUCUGUCCUCUGGGGAGGGACAAGUGUCCUUCGGUCUGCCCUAGAUGGGCAUCUCACAGCUUAUUCUGUGAGCUGAAACCCCCUUGAUGCCCAGCUACAUGACUGUUGCUUUAAAACAAACAAAUAAGAAGAGUGAGCAAGACGAAGGAGGAGAAAUGGAGAGAGGGACGAAAAGUGCACUAUAUGUGGGAAUGUUUGUGUUGGGUGAACCAAGAGCCGUUAGUCUGGGAAUUUGUCUUGCAGUCGAGGGAGAGCGAGUCCAGUUGUUAUGAAGAGAACUGAGUCACAGCUACACGGUCUCAGUCUCCCAUGAGGCAUUAUGGAGGAUUAAAGGAAGAAACGAUGAAAGAGGAGAAGACAGAAAGGAGACCAGCGUUACCUGGGGAGCUGUUCUCCCAUGCACACCUGUGCUGAAAAGGGAUUAUUUAACCACACACCUGUCUACCUGUGUUUCUGUCAGUCAUGGAGGCUAUGCUUAUGAGUCUGGGGGAAAGUGUGUGUGUGAGGCACAGUCUAUUAUGGGACGUGACCUCGGACGCCCUCCGGAGAUUGAGGCAGAGACACAUCAGAGCCCCUGACAUCCUGAACCGAACUAUAUACCAGAUGACGGAAGGGCGGAGGUGUCAGGUCCAUCUCCUGGAUGAUAGGAAAUUAGAGCUCUUGGUUCAGCCCAAGCUAAUGGCGAAGGACCUUCUUGACCUGGUGGCGUCCCAUUUCAACCUGAAGGAGAAGGAAUAUUUUGGAAUCUCUUACGUAGACGAGACGAGUCAUUUCAGCUGGUUGCAGCUGGAUCGGCGUGUUCUGGAACAUGAAUUUCCCAAGAAAUCUGGACCCAUUGUGCUGUACUUCUGCGUUAGGUUCUACAUCGAAAGUAUCUCUUAUCUGAAGGACAAUGCCACAAUAGAGCUGUUCUUCCUCAAUGCAAAGUCAUGCAUCUAUAAGGAGCUCAUAGAGUUGGACAGUGAGGUGGUGUUUGAACUGGCCUCCUACAUCCUACAGGAAGGUAAAGGAGACUUCACAAGUAAUGACACUACUAGGUCUGACCUGAAGAAACUACCAGCACUGCCUACACAAGCACUGAAGGAGCACCCUUCACUCGCAUACUGUGAGGACCGGGUCAUUGAGCACUAUAAGAAGCUAAGCGGACAGUCCAGAGGACAGGCCAUCGUCAAUUAUAUGAGUGUGGUGGAGUCAUUGCCCACAUAUGGAGUGCAUUAUUAUGCUGUUAAGGAUAAGCAGGGGAUCCCGUGGUGGCUUGGUUUGAGUUAUAAAGGCAUUUUUCAAUAUGACUACCAGGACAAAGUCAAACCAAGGAAGGUGUUCCAAUGGAGACAGUUGGAGAAUCUGUACUUCAGGGAGAAGAAGUUCUCAGUGGAAGUCCAUGACCCGAGAAGCAGGGCGUCGGUAACGCGGAGGACGUUUGGCCACAGUGGCAUCGCCGUACACACCUGGUACGCCUGUCCCACCCUCAUCAAGUCCAUCUGGGCCAUGGCCAUCAGCCAGCACCAGUUCUACCUGGACCGAAAGCAGAGCAAGAGUAAGAUCCAUGCAGCGCGCAGUCUGAACGAGAUAGCCAUAGACCUGACCGAAACAGGAACCCUCAAGACAUCCAAACUGGCCAACAUGGGCAGCAAAGGCAAGAUCAUCAGCGGGAGCAGUGGGAGCCUGCUGUCCUCAGGCUCUCAGGAGUCAGACAGCUCUCAGAACGCUAAGAAGGACAUGUUGGCGGCUCUGAGGGCCAGACAGGAAGCUCUGGAGGAGACGCUCAGACUGAGAAUUGAGGAACUGAAGAACUUCUGCAUCAGAGAAGCGGAGCUGACCGGAAAGCUUCCUAAAGAAUAUCCUCUGGACCCUGGGGAGGAGCCGCCCACCGUCAGACGCAAAAUCGGCACAGCCUUCAAACUGGACGAGCAGAAGAUCCUGCCCAAGGGAGAGGAAGAGGAACUGGAGCGUUUGGAGCGGGAAUUUGCAAUCCAGUCUCAGAUAACGGAGGCAGCACGGCGGUUAGCAUCAGACCCUCACAUCAGCAGCAAGAAGCUGAAGAAGCAGAGGAAGACGUCUUAUCUAAACGCUCUGAAGAAACUUCAAGACAUCGAGAACGGCAUCAAUGAGCACCGCGUUCGCUCCGGGAAGAAACCCACACAACGUGCCUCUCUCAUCAUAGAGGAAGCGAAUAUCGGCUCAGAGGACAGCUCACUCUCUGACGGCCUGGUGCUGGAUGAUGAUGACCCCCAGAUGACAGGAACCCCCACGUUCUCGCCGGCUGCCUCCCCACAUAAAGGCCUCCCGCCCCGACCCCCCACCCACAGCCGGCCUCCUCCCCCGCAGUCCCUGGACGGACUGCGACACCUGCACUACCAGCGCAGCGACUAUGAUAAGUCUCCCAUUAAACCGCGCAUGUGGAGCGAAAGCUCAUUAGACGAACCCUAUGAACGGGUGAAGAAACGUUCCUCCCACUCCAGUAGUCACAGGCGGUUCCCCAGCACAGGCAGCUGUGAAGCAGGUGGGAGUAACUCUCUUCAGAACAGCCCUGUGCGCUCCCUCCCUCACUGGAACAGCCAAUCCAGCAUGCCCUCCACUCCUGACCUGAGAACACGGAGCUACGUCCACUCGGCCAGUCUAACUCAGCCCUUCCGUGGGCGAAGUUCCAGUCUGGAAUCUCAGGGGAAGCUGCUCUCCUUGGAGGCGGACACCGAAACAGGACUUAGCCCUGACCUCUUCCUGUCAGGUCCACAGAGGACAGGAAGUAAUGGCUCGAUGGUCCCUGACGACUGCUCGUCGUGCACCAGCCACUCCAGCUCGGAACAUUACUACCCCUCGUCCACCUCCAACCCCAACUACUGCACACUAGCCGAGGACUCGCCCUCUAAAGCCCGGCAGCGCCAGCGGCAACGGCACAAAUCCGCCGGGCACCUGGGUGCUUCCAACUCUGGCAGCAUGCCCAAUCUGGCGGCCCGCAACGGAGGCACUCACGGAAGCGUGUGCGGCAGUCACCAGGGCGUGUACCUCCACAGUCAAAGCCAGCCCUCAUCGCAGUACCGAAUCAAAGAGUACCCGCUUUACACAGAGGGCAGCAGCCCCAACGCUGUGGUGGUCCGCAGCCUGGAGAAUGACCAGGAGGGGCACUACAGCGUCAAGGCGCAGUUUAAGACCUCCAACUCCUACACAGCCGGGGGCCUUUAUAAGGAAGGGUGGGGCUCCGGAGAGGAUGGGGAAGUGGGCGGGGGCAGCGGGAAGUUGACGCCUUCUCGUUCACAGAUUGUGAGGACUCCAUCUCUGGGCAGGGAGGGGGGAGGAGGGGGGCGGGCAGCGGUGUCAGAGGAACUGAGAUGCUGGUAUCAGCGCUCGUCUGGAUCACUGAAGGAGCACAGAAGCAUCACGCACACAAGCUCUAAUGCAUCAGAUGGACGUGGGGGACGGAUAGGAACACUAGGAAAGGAGUCACCAGCUGCAUCUCCACACAGUCAGAGGAGUGGAACGCCCUGUAGUAACCCUGCAGCUACACCUCCUUGUAGCCCACAACACAUCCUCAACUGGCAGAGCGGAUUGCCAUUCAACGAUAGUUGUUUCCUGAGCAGUCCUCUGUGUGCUGAGAUAGCAGACGUACAGUGGUACAGACACGAGAAGGCAAAGCCGGGAACACUCGUCUGAACCCUCAUCCCUCAUUCCUCUCUCAAUAAGAGUGUUCUAACGGCAGGCCUGUCCACUGGCCGGACCUCAACUCCUAAUAACCCGUAAGGCUGGAGCCAGUACCACCUCACCUAUUUCCUGUCUCUCUCUGUGUAUAUGCAGCAGUACAGUGCUUAUGAACUAUGGAAAUACAGGAGUCUAAAUGGACGGAACUGAGCUUGACCUUUCCCGACCCUCCUUCUUAGACUUUGAACUUUGACCCAGUUAGCUGAAAGCCAGUUCCUCGGUAUGCACAAGCCCUCAGUGAUUAAUCCGUCGCUGGAGUGACGCGCAUACGAAAGACUUCUCGUGGACGCAUGUAUGUGUCAGCGUUGUACUAUAGAUAAGCCCCAACUCAUGCACACACAUGCUCAAAUAGACAUUCGUCCCCUGCUGUCGUGUGUCGCUCUGCACUGAUGUCAGAGAAUCAACGGCGUUCUCUCUCAUACACGACAUGCACAAAAACACAUUCCGAUGGACUGCUUUGUCGUCAACCAUCUUCUUUGUAAAGCUCUUUAUGUUCUCAGUUCUGGUCAAAAAAAGAAGUGUGACCACAAGCCCUGCCUUCAUUCUACAGCCUCUCUUCUGAUUGGACUAUGAACUAUAAAUAAGCCUCUGGACCUUUUGUUUGUGGACUUUCUGUUUUUAUGUUCUAUAAUAUUUUAUGGAAAGAAAAAAGCAUUUAAAUGGCGAAAGCCUUUCUCCAAUCUUCCUGGAAUUGAAGAUUAACCCUGAAAAUAUCAUAAAAGAUGCAACAUUGUGAAAAGGAUUCCACUGAAAUGACAAGAUGCAUGUAAAUCUGAAGUAGAUCUGUCGACUCCAUGGAACAUUAUGAUAACUGUAUCAUUAAUAACCACACUUCCAUUUAAAAUUUUAAAACUCUUUAAGAAUUUUUUUGUUUUUGAAAGAAAUUGAUCCUUCUGUUCACCAAGCAGGGCUGGACUGGGAAGAGAAAUCGGCCUGGGAUUUUACAUUAGCAACUGGCCCAAAAGUACAUUUCAACUGGCCCAAAAGUACAUUUCAACUGGCCCAAAAGUACAUUAGCAACUGGCCCAAAAGUACAUUAGCAACUGGCCCAAAAGUACAUUUCAACUGGCCCAAAAGUACAUUUCCAACUGGCCCAAAAGUACAUUAGCAACUGGCCCAAAAGUACAUUAGCAACUGGCCCAAAAGUACAUUUCAACUGGCCCAAAAGUACAUUUCCAACUGGCCCAAAAGUACAUUUCCAACUGGCCCAAAAGUACAUUUCCAACUGGCCCAAAAGUACAUGGCAACAGGCCCAAAAGUACAUGGCAACUGGCCCAAGUUGUUGGGGGGGUGGGGGGGUGAUCGCUGUCCUUUUCUGCAUAUCGCAGUGCCGUUUUGUGGUCCGUUCUGCAUAACGCAGUGGCUCAUUUUAGCUUAACGCGGCCCAUUCGGCACGUCUUGCGGCCGACACACCGUCCUGCUCGGUUCUCCCGAUGGCCGGUCCGCUCCUGAUCGGCACCCAAAGUGCGUCGGCCCACCGGGAAAAUGCCCGGUAUGCCAGAUUACCAGUCAAGCCCUGUCACCAAGACCUGUCACCAAGCCCUGACCAAGAACUACAGUAAAGACAUUCAUAAUGUUACAAAUGACAAUUUGUAUGUUUUAUUCUGUAGUCUUCAAACUUUGUUCCUCAAAGAAUCCUCUUCUUGCAGUAAUGCAAGUGUUUUGCAUGUGCUGGUCAAUGAAGCUGCUAGUUUAAGACAUUUUGAGGAGUCUGUUUCUCAAACUAGAGACAUUGAUGUACUUGUCUUCUUGUUGUGCAACUGAGCCAUCCACUUCUUUCUCCUUCCUGGUUAAAUCCAGUUUGUCGGUCGUGCACAGAAUAGCCUUCAUCUCAAACAAAAUUGUCUGUUUCUCGUUUGGGAGGUUUCAGAAAACUGAAAAGACACUUGUAAGGGUGUUAAUGGGACAGGAGGAGGAAAUCAUCCUGGUCAUCCCAGCCUUCCUUGACCUGGGAGGAGACAGGAGGGGGAAAAAAUUAAUAAAUAAAUGGGUGAGGGAAAGGCCAACACAGAGAGAGAGAGAGAGAGAGAGAAAAGAAACUCAUUCACCGGUUCUCUGAUGCGCCAUCGCAUGGUCCUCGAUCACUCCUCCAUCCUCUCAGGCAGACGGCAGUCACUCAUCCCCGGGUGGACCGGAGUCAGACCUCCGAUCCCCAUCGGACCGAACGCACCUCCACAUUCCCGGCGACCCAUGGGGACACUCCUUCGCCCCUGGCAGCGGCUCCAUCACGCCAAGCGGUCGGGAAGUCCAGUCCCCACUCGCCCCGAAGACGCCGGCCAUUCCCCGCAUUCGGGAGGUAGGGCUACUCCGUCCCCCGGUGGAUGGCAACGAUGCUCCCCUGGGUGGAUGGCAGUGUUGAGGACUCUGCAACGGGCAUCCCUCCUCCUUCCCGGGUUUCGGCACCAAUGUAAAGGAGUUAAGAUGGGGAAGGAAGAGGUGAGAACCGGCUUAACAGGGCUCAACAUAACCACACAGGGCAGCUGCCCGUAAUUCUCUCUCACUCUUGAACUGUCGUCACCGGCCGCCUAUAUCCCUUGUGCGCCCCAUCAGGCUGAUUGGGGACCGGGCGUGCGUCGUUCCGGCCUGGCCCCGCCCUCCUCCGCUCUACAACACUUUAUCGCUAAAACGAGACGAAAAGCUUCUUGAGUACCAAAAUAGCACAUUGGAAUGAUUUCUUAAGGAUUCGGUGACCGUAUUUACUUUGUGGACUGGAGGAAUGACUGGGGCUUUGCUAACAUGGGUAAAUAUUGAAGUAUAAAAUAAAUAAAACACUCAUUUGAAACAGUAAUAUACAUUUGCAACAUCACUAAGGGUUUUGGCAGAACAUCCUUGGCGAACAGAAACAAGAAUUUAUUUUAAAAACAAAAAUGUCUUGGUGUUGGUAGUGUACAUGAUUUCGAGGUAUUUGGAAAUGUGGUAAUGCCCCAUAAUGCCCUGCUGUAUGCAUGCAGAACUAUCACAGCCCAAAAAACUACAAACCCCAUAGUCCUUCUCCGUAUACUUGUGACAUCAGUAAAGCUGUCUCUAAUGCGGAGUUCCAUUCAAAGUCAAUAUUCCUUCUUGAUAUCCCGAUCUCCGACCAUAACAGCAUUCCAUUGUCUGAUUCUCGGAAGAUGACGCAAAGAGAAGGAAACCUGCAGUGCUAACUCUCUUAGCAAACAAAUUGCGGAGGAUAAAUAAAGCUGUGUGCAAUUUAUCAUUUACCGUAUUUCACUCGCCAAUCUCUGAACAAGUUUUACUAUUAUGUCAUGUUGCAACAUUUACUCAUUAAUGCUUUUUAUUUACUUAAAAGUGAAUAUUUAUCAUUCAAUUUGUACUUUAACUUGGGUGCACUGCAAAAAGUCAUAUACUUUCUAUGUAUUUUUGAUUAUUUUCCAGUUAAAAUGUCUAAACGUCCUUAAAACAAGAAAAGAAAAACCCAAUUUAAUAGUAUAAGAAGAUAAAUCAUUGUGGGUUUCUUAUGUUGUUUUUGUUGUUGUUGUUUUUUGAGAGAAAUUAACCAAAUUUGGUGGGAUUUAUGCUUAAAACAUGACAAAACUAUUUGCCAAUUGGUUAAGAAAAAUAAACAUGUUUUCUCUUUUAAUCAAGUUUUUUGUUUUCUUACGCCAUUGGUCAUUUUUUCUUGUUACAAGCAUAAACGUAAUUUGAAUUUUGUUAACUUUGAAAAUUCAAUUUAGAUCAUUUUAUUGGAAAACAAGGCAAAAUGACUAAAACUACUUUUUGCAGUGUUCCCGACAUGUUUGUAUGACGUAAAGCAACUGCAUCUUGGCGAAAUCUGAGUUCCCAAGUUGGAACUUCCAGUGGCGUUCCGUUGCACUUUUCCCAAGUAGAAAGUUGGAAAUUCCGACUUUCCAAAUUGAACGGAACGCAGCAUAAAACACAGAACCUUACCUGGGACACCAAACAAUUUUGGCCUUGUAGGUUUUAUGUUUUUAUGUGUUUGUCUUGUGUUUUUAAUAUUCAGGAUAAUACUUGCAACUAUAUAACAAUUAAAACAUUACGCUUGUGGUUAUAAAACCUUAAAGUCAGAUGAGCAUAACGUAACGAGGCACAAAGACUUAAUGGGAGAGUCCACACAAAACAAUUACAAAAUAAAAGUCAUUUACUCAACCUCGUGUUGUUGUUCCAAACCUGUAAAGCAGCUUGUCAACCAUUUACUUUCAUUGCAUCUUUUUUCCAUAUAAUGGUCUGCACUUAUAUAGCGCUUAUGUUAAACCUUAGAGGUUACCAAAGCGCUUUACACUCUGUCCCAUUCACACACAUUCAUACACCAAUGAUGGCAGAGCUGCUAUGCAAGGUGCUAGUCUGCCAUUGGGAGCAACUUGGGGUUCAGUGUCUUGCCCAAGGACACUUCGGCAUGUGGAGUCAUGUGGGCCGGGAAUCAAACCGCCAAUCCUGCGAUUAGUGGCCGACCCGCUCUACCACCUGAGCCACAGCCACCCCAUAAUGAAAGUGAAUGGUGACUGAAGCUGUAGGCCAGCAGAAUUCUGUAGAGCAUUUCCAUUUGUGUUCCACAGGAGGAAAGUCCUACAGAUUUGGAACAAAAUGCGGAAGAGUAAAUGACAGAAUUAUCAUUUUCUGGUGAACCAUCCAUUUAAAACCAACAACAUUUUUCAGGCUAAAUGAUGUGAAGAAUUUCAAGAGAUAAGCAUUUCAAAUGUGACGAGAAUAGAGCAGGUGCUUCGUUUUAAAAGCUUAAAACCUCCGUCGUCACCUGCGUGAAAACAUGGUGUUUAUGCCAUCAGCGAGAUCUGAACCGAAGCCUCGGGUGCCCCUCGGUCAUUUUUGACCGACGAAAAACAUCAAGCCAUAAAGUUGAAGACCACAUUCAUGACACGGUCUGCAAGAUACAAAACAGUGUGUACGCAAAGUACCUUAAGAAACAGGAAGUUGAAAGCACACCCGUUGCCGUUAAUUAUCAACAUCGUUUAAUAAACGUCAAACAGUUGUAGUCCGUGUUCUGUGCAUUCAAAUAUGCAACUAACAACUCUCAUUCAUUAAAGGGUUGACAUCACACUACCGUUACAACCCAAAUACUAUCACCCAUUUCCAAACCCCCAGUUAUCGGAUGUAUAUGUCUUGUGCAUGCUCAGCGCACACGGUGUAGCUUGAGGUUAAAACUUAAACAUGGUUUCAAAACAGCCCUUUCCAUAUAUAAAAGCACCUCACGCUCGUGCAUUGAGUUCGCUCUGACCUCGUACCCCCCCGAACCCUUGUAGACCAACGUGAACUCGCACCUCUUGUCUACCUGUACUCAAUAAAAUGCAUCUUUUUAUAUUAAAAAAAGCUCACGCAUUUAUCAGCAUUUAUAGGCAGGACUAUGGAAACCUUGUGUUCUUUUAAAAGUUCAUCAUUGACCAUUGGUUUAAUGAUUUUUAUAAAUCAGUAUUUGUCUUAUUUUUCAGUCUAAGCUGGGAGACGGUAACGACACGUUCAGGUGCUACAGGAAGACCAGUUACUGCUUUCGUUUCCCAGCUGUAGACGUUUUCGUACUGUUGUCUAGUCGUAAUACCAGUCGUGCAAAAUGAAGAACUUUAGUAACUAAACGGUCUCGCACUUCAUCUUGACAAUAGAGCAUGUUUCAGAAGUUAAUUUCAGACAUAACGGGACACAAUUAAAAUGGUGUUGUAGAAAAAAACUAAAGUGGAAUUGUGGGGCGGGAUCAAUAUAACCAAAUUCCACAUUUUAAUUUAUUCUUUUUUUUUCUAUUAAGAAUUUGUAUAAUAACAUUUUUCAAAAGCGGUGUUGUUGUUACUGAUACAGAAUUUUCCAGAUGAGAGAUGUGUUGGUUUUUGAGAUUCUGAAAUAAAUUAUUGCUGAAUGUUCUCUAUAUUAAAGCGUGAAAUCGUUUUAUUUCCUGACUCUUGUGUUUUACCUCUUAUGUGAAUGUCUGGCGACAUUUAGGAAGAACGGUAUUAAACUGGUACAUGCUUAUAACAGGGUAUAGUUACAAAAGUGAAUGCAUAUUUAUCAUUAUGGUCUGCACUUAUAUAGCGCCUUUUUAACCUUAGCGGUAUUCAAAGUGCUUUACACUGCGUCCCAAUCACACAUUCAUACACCAAUGGCGGCAGAGCUGCUAUGUAAGGCACUAGCCUGCCAUUGGGAGCAACUUGGGGUUCAGUGUCUUGCCCAAGGACACUUCGGCAUGUGGAGUCGUGUGGGCCGGGAUUCGAACCGCCAACCCUGUGAUUAGCAGCCGAUCCGCUCAACCACCUGAGCCACAGCCGCCCCAUAAUUCAUAA